AUGGACAACUUGUGGAGUCGGGCAAUUUGGGGAUUACUCUUGAUGCAGCUGAGCCUGGCCCAGAUCGUGCGGAUGGAUUGUGCCUUGGAGCAGCAGGGGCUGCUAGCCGAGGCUGCUGUUAGCUUUACCUUCAAGGCUUUGGGAGAUGCAGAGCGGUCCCAAGCCUUGGGCAUCACCUCAUCCCCGGGGAGGGAGCAGUGGCGAAGAAGCUCGGUGCCUCUUGGGCAUGAGGAAGGGCACAGCUUUGGCUCAGCCACUGGGGAGCCCCGGGCCAUGGGCUGGGGCAGCCUUCACUUUGGUCUGGAGCCUGGGUAUGGAUUCAUAGAGGGCCAUGUUGUAAUCCCAAGAAAGACCCCCAGGUUUCUCUGUGCGGCCAAUAACACUGGGGUGUAUAUCCUUGCCUCGAAUACCUCUCUCUAUGACACCUACUGCUUCAAUGCCUCAGCCCCAUUGGACAAAGAAGACUGCUCAUCUGUCUCAGACAUACCGAGUGCAUUUGAAGGACAAGUCACCAUAGGCAUUGUAAAUCCUGACGGAACCCGCUAUACCAAGAAAGGAGAAUACAGGACGAAUCCAGAUGACAUCAACUCCAACUACAGUCCAGACGACGAUGUGAGCAGCGGAUCUGCUGGGGAGAGGAGCACCAUGGGCAGUUCCACCAUCAUCCAGACUUCGUACUAUGAUAUAAUGCCUACUUCCUUCUCCGACCACAGCAACGAGGACUUGGACCCCUCAGAUUCUCCUGCAGUCACCAAGACUCAUCCCAUUCCUGAAACAACAGCUCAGGAGCAGCAUAAUUGGAUGUGGUCGUGGUUUGUCCAUUCACCACCUAAGACUGAGUAUCUCACAACAGCCAAGCCAGCUUUGACCAGCUCUAGUGGUACCACCCAUGAGACAACAGCAGUGGAACAAGAAGAUUCUGACUGGUUUUUACAGUGGCUCUGGCCUUCAAAACGUGAGAGGCAGCUGCACACAACCCCAAGGACAGUUGGUAUGGAUUCAACUACCACUUCAGAAAGCCUGCAACCAACUGAGGAAAGAGAAGAUGAAACAGAAAAGUUCCCCAGUUAUUCUGGAUCAGGCAUUGAUGAUGAUGAAGAUUUUGUCAGAAAUGAUCACUCCAGUACCACUUCAGCUACAACACGUGCUACAAGUCAAGAAACGAUUGGGAAUCAAGACGGGCAACACUGGGAACAUGAUCACCAAAAUCCUGAAGAACAACCUCAAGCAACAACAGAAGUGACUGCUAUUGUGGAUAUGAAUGGAAGUGAUGAUAGGUCUUAUGGAGAAAAUUCAACCCAAGAACCACAGCAUCCUUUUAUAUUUGAUGGGAACCAUGAAGAUUAUGAUGGACAUCAUUUUUCAAGUACAACUUUGGACAUACCUAGCAGUACCACCUCAGAAACAACAAUGAAACAGCAAGGAUGGUUUGGGUGGCAUCCUCACCCACCAAAAGAAGAGGCAGAGACAACAGUAGAGACAACGGAUACAGCACCUCACCACUCAACCGCAGAUCCAAAGGAAGGGUGGAUUGAAGACUAUGGCACCACAGACCAUUCUCCAAUGGCCACUCCAGAACAGAAUCAUCACGAGAGCACCUCCAGACCACAUACAGGUUUGGAAGAUGGCCAUGAGCAUUCCACAGCUCCUUCUCCAACAUCUCUCACAGAUGGAGAAACAGAUGGAAACUUUCCUGAAGACUCAACCACUCCAGUAGAAGAUUCCAUUUCUAAUUUACCAGACACCAAUGAGAACAGAACCCACUCCUCAGAGGCCCACAUGCCUACUGGGUUGCCAGGAAUGACUAAAGCUACUGUUUCAGGAGGUUUUGCUCCUGAUAAAGCAGAUCCUGAUGACGCCUAUCCUCAUCGACCCCGGAGGCCUUCUGUUACAGAUGAUGCUGUGGUUGAUGUUGAUGAUGAUGUUCUUGAUGACAUUGAUGAUGAUGGAUGUUAUUGA